GCAGUAUUAAGGAAGUAUCUUUCAGAUAGGAUGUCUGCCGCACCUCCUCCCUCAACUGCCCCAGCUUCCGCCGGAAAGGGUCUUCAUUCCAGGGCGUAUAAUAACCUGAUUAAAGCCUGUGACAAAUAUGUGCCCGCCAAAAUGCGACCCCUUUGGAUGCACCCAGCAGGUCCCAAGACCAUAUUCUUCUGGGCUCCUCUCGUUAAAUGGAGCCUCGUUAUCGCUGGUCUCAGCGAUUUGACGCGUCCUGCCGACAUGAUUUCACCCAACGGAUGUCUGGCUCUGGGGGCUACGAACCUCAUUUGGACGCGCUACUCCCUGGUUAUCAUCCCAAAGAACUACAGUUUGUUCGCAGUGAAUCUCUUCGUGAGUCUGACGCAGCUCUUCCAACUGGGAAGGGCCUACAACUACAGGUGGGAGCAGUCGAAGCUGGAAAAAGCUGGCGAGGAAAAGUUGGCCAUUGAAAGGAGUUUGUAGUUAGCCA